AUGGAAAACAACGAAAAUGAUCUGCUGUUGCCGGCAGAAAAUGUAAAGGAAUAUUCUAACUUUUCAAGUUUUGCACGGGUAGUUUGGAAAUGCACUUCGAAAUUGGAAAAAUUAUUAUUUUUGUUAGGAACGAUUUCCGCAGUGUGUACAGGAUUAUGUCAGCCAUUUUUGAGUUAUACGUUUGGAGAAGUGUCUCAUGUUUUUGUAAGAAUCACCUCAGCCGUGAAUAAUAGAACGUUAGGUAAGGUUUCAAAUGGGAUUUCUUUAAAUAUACACAUUUUAAGAUCCAUCCGAAUGAACCAAGUUGUUCUUUAUUUUGCACUGGUUGGAUGUGCAUUUGCAAUGUUCGGAUUUUUUCAGGUGAAAAUAAUAAUGAUUCUUGCAGAUAAUUUCUCCCUAUUCAAAUACGUUGGAGAUAAUACUACAUAUCGGGUUCGAAGGAAAUACAUAUCAAGACUACUUCAAAAAGACGCGCAAUAUUUUGACACGGUGUCUACUGGAUAUUUAUCAACAGUUUUGAAUGAUGUUUUAUUUAAAAUGUGUAUAAUAAACGUUUUUUGUGGACGAAAAUUAAACAGAUUCUUUGAGAAUCCAGUUAUUCCGUUCAAAAAAUUUUUAAUUUUUGAAGAACGUUUUAUAAAACUUAUCACAAUCCCUCACUUUUUUAUUUUCAGUAAUUUGGAACGAUUCCGAGAGGCAUUCAAUGAAAAAAUCGCAUUUAUCAUUUGCUUUUCUACUGAUUUUGUGAUUGGCACCACUCUCGCGUUCUACACGGACUGGAAAUUGGCUUCCUAUGGAAGUAUAUUCGCACUCGGUAUUGCAUUUUCUGGAUUCAUCAAUUCUGCAAGUAUGAUGGGUUCUACUGUCAAACAAAAUACACAUUAUGCGAAUGCAGGAGCAAUUGCUUUCCAAGCUUUAAGCUCUUUCAAAACAGUUAUAUCUCUAAACGGUCAAGCGCAAGAAUUAGAAAGGUAUUCAAAAGAAUUAAAAGCAGGAGAAAAAUAUGGAGCACGACGAGCAUUUUUUCUGGCCACUUCUCGAAGUGUCACUCAUUUCUUUUGCAAUGCAUUGAAUGGAAUUAUUUUGUACGUCGGAGCUGAUUUGAUAUACAACAAAACAAUGGAUCAAGCUGUUAUUGUGACGGUUAGUUUUUUUUUUCAUGAUUUUUUAUUUUCCCAUUUAGAAAUGUUAUUGCAGUUGUUCCAUUACAUGCUGUUCAGUGCAUUCAGUUUGGGCGAGGCAUUUCCUCAUAUUUCCUAUCUAUCCAAUGCAAUUUCCUCAGCUUCUCCUAUAUUUGCAGUACUAAUUUCUAAAGAUGAUAUAAUUGAAAACCAUCAAAAUGAUACAGAACGUGAUUCCGAACGAAUUGAAGGAGAUAUUCAAUUCGAUAAUGUCAAAUUUUCUUAUCCAACUCGUCCAGAAGCUCAGGCAUUAAAAGGAGUCACGUUUAAUGUCAAAAAAGGAGAAUGUGUGGCUCUAGUGGGUGCAAGUGGAAGUGGAAAGAGCACUAUUGUACAGCUACUUCUCCAUUACUACAAUAUCGAAUCUGGAAAUAUUUUAAUUGAUGAUGUAGACUUAAACAAAAUCAACUUAAAGAAACUGCGUGGGAAUAUUGGAGUCGUUUCUCAGGAACCUGUACUUUUCAACACAACAAUCGAAGAAAAUAUUCGGUUUGGUAAUCCUGCAGCUUCUACUUUGGAAAUCUACGAUUCUCUACGAGUUGCAAAUGCUUAUGAUUUUGUGAACUCCUUCCCAAAAGGUAUCAAAACUGUCGUUGGUGAGAGAGGUACUCAACUUUCUGGCGGUCAAAAACAACGAAUUGCAAUUGCUCGUGUUUUGGUGAAAAACCCGAAAAUCCUUCUUUUGGAUGAAGCGACAAGUGCAUUAGAUAAUCAGAGUGAGCAUGUUGUUCGAAUUGCCAUGAAAGAGGCAUCCAAAGGCCGUACAACCAUCGUAAUUGCUCACCGGCUAUCCACAAUUCAGCACUGUGAUAGAAUAAUUGUGAUGUCUCAUGGAAAGGUUAACUGGUUUGUACAUCCAGAUAAAAUUGAAGCGAGAUUUUUACAGACUGUGGCAUCUGGAACUCAUGACAAGUUGAUGGAGAACUCCAUUGUUUACAAAGACUUGGUCCAAGCACAAUCCUUGAACUCGGAAGAUUCGGUAGUUGAAAAAAGCAUCAAAACGAUUGCCACCAGUGAAACAAAGCAUCCGACUAAUGAAGAAUUAGAAGAAGAACUCAAAGAUACACCGGAGGAAGAAACCAUGAGUUCGACGAUAUGGCAGAUUCUCAGAGAAUGCCGUUCGCAUUGCUGCAUGUUGUUUCUAGCUGUUGUUGGUAGUGCCAUUCAAGGAUUCAGUUUUCCCAUUCUGGCUCAGUUGAUAGUGAGAGUGUACAAGGCUUACGCAAUGCAAGGAGAGGCUAUCCUGGUCAACGGUCAUUUUUGGGCAUCCAUGUUUCUCGUUCUCGGCCUGUACCGCCCAAUCACCUUAUACUGCCAGUAUUUCUUCUUUGGAAAAAUCGGAGAAAAAUUAUCAACUCGUCUCCGAAUCAAAUCCUUUCAACACUUGUUGUCAUUACCAUGCGCAUUCUAUGAUGAUCCUAAAAAUUCACCAACAAGACUGGCCAACCGAUUGAAUACUGAUGCUUCAAAUGUGAAAGCAGCAGUAGAUGCAAGACUCGGAAGUGUCCUAAUGACUUUGGUGUCAUUCAUUGUAGCGAUCACUAUUGCAUGCUACUACUCAUGGAAGCUCACUAUUCAGGUCCUUCUAUUUUUCCCGGUGCUAUAUCUUUCCAAAUAUUGUUACGAAAAAACUACAGUAUUGUCGAUCAAGCAGGAUUCCCUAGCAUUCGAGUUUAGUAAUAAGAUAGCUAUUGAAGUGCUUGACAAUAUCAAAACUGUGCGGUCCCUAAACAUGGAGCAAAAAGUGAUGAGUAUGGUCACAGGGCAGUUGGAAAUGUUGAAGAGGAAAUAUCACAAGAGGGCGUUUUUUUUGGGUCUUGCAAGUGGCUUCUCCGCGGGAUGCUCUCAAAUUGUCUACGCCCUAUCUUUCAAAUUUGGCACCUAUUUAAUUCUUCAACGCGAAGUUCUUCCGAUGGAUAUGUAUCUGGCAUUGGUGACACUAUCCUAUACAUCCAACAUGGCAGGAUCGGCGAUUUCCUACUUGCCGGACUACAAGAAAGCUUUACAUGCUGCUGGAUUGAUUUUCAACCUAUUCACUUAUCCAGCUACAGCACCUUACAACUCCGAUCAGGGCACUACGAACAUCAGCCAAGGAAUCGUUAAUGCCGAGAAUGUCAAGUUCCAUUACCACCAACGCCCUGAUCAUCUUGUUCUGAAAAAUGUAGAUUUACACCUUGAACCUGGAAAGACUCUGGCUCUGGUUGGUCCGAGUGGGUCAGGAAAAUCGACAUUCAUUUCACUGCUAGAAAUGUUUUAUCGGGUGAACACUGGACACAUUAAUAUUGAUCAUGAAAAUGUGGAGAACAUUAAUCUUCAUCAUUUGCGUUCGAAUUUGGCUUUGGUAUCCCAGGAACCAAUUUUGUUUAAUUGUUCGAUCCGAGAAAACUUGCUUUAUGGUUUGGAUGGACCAGAAAGUGAUCAAAAUCUUGAAACAGCACUCGAAACUGCAAACGCCUACAACUUUGUUUCACAAAUGCCAAAUGGACUAGACACAAUUGUUGGAGAACGAGGUGCCCAACUAUCUGGAGGGCAAAAACAACGAGUCGCAAUUGCUCGAGCGAUUCUACGAAAUCCUAAACUACUACUCUUGGAUGAAGCAACAAGUGCAUUGGAUAGUGAUAGUGAGAAACUGGUCCAAACCGCUUUGGAUACUGCCAGUGAGCGAUUAUCCACUAUAAUAGUUGCUCAUCGUUUGUCUACAAUUGUGAAUGCAGAUUCCAUUGCGGUUUUGAAAAUGGGGAAAGUUGUGGAACAAGGAUCUCACGAAGAACUUCUCAAAUUGAAAGGUGCUUAUUGGAAACUGGUUCGGAAACAAAUUUAUGGCUUUUGUCUGAAAAAAAAAAUCGCCUAUAAAAAUUCCCGUCAGAGAGAAAUUUUCCAGAAAUCGAAAAUGAUUUUCCAUCGUAUUCUACUUCCAAUUCUUCUCGGAGUUUCUCUGAUGAAAUCCGAUCCGAUUAAUAUAUCUCUAAAUGUUCGAUGCCAAUUCAAUGUGAACUGGUGUGCCAAUUUGACUGUCUAUGAGGAGGAUAAUACGUGGGUUUUUUGGUCCGGGAGGGCAACGUUAAUUGCUAACUUUCCAGCAAGAAUUAUUUCGAAAUAUUUCAGUUUCCCAACUCAUGAUUACUUGACACAAGAGUCGUUUUGCACUACGGAUCCCUUCAUAGAAUUCCGCUACCCUCCAAGAAAUCUCAAUGGAGAUCUCUCGCCGAGCUACGAAUUCAAUGUUCUAUUCUGGCACAAUUGCACUCAAGGCGAAGGAAGGAUCCCCUUUAUUUGGCGAUGUUAUUCGCCGGAAACCCUCGCAACUGUUCCAGUAAAGGGAGAGCAAACGGCUGCAAUGGAUGUGGAAAUUGGAAAUAAAGGGAGGUCGACAGAGUGCUGGCCACUUAUGGGUUGA